AUGUCGUCCUUCUAUCACUACAACGCUCACCAGCACCCUACGUCUGCCAACGGCCAGUCGGCCCAGCCAGCGCAUCACAAUGGCCGUGGCCGACGUGCGCCUCGCUUGUCACAACACGCCCACGCCCACAAGCAGUUCCGCAGCGUGCGAAAGGAGGAAGAGGCCGUCGCAGUCAUAAAUUUCCGCCAACGCUUCGAGCCAGCCCGAUCCUUCGACCUCGACGACGAUUUAGAGUUCUGCCCCAACCUGCUGACCGAGACCGACAUGAUGUCCAUCCAUUCCUCGUCCUCGGACCGCUCCUCGCUGUCCAGCGGCUCGCCCGAGUCAAGCCCCCAAUCCCAUCAGGUCUCCCCCGACACCGCCUUCUCGCUCAACUCCAACUCCAACCCGUAUAUACCCACAUCAUACCAAACCCAACCCGCAGCCCUCAAACUACACCAGCCCGCGGCGACCCGGAUCCGUAAUGCCAUCCCCAUCGUCAACCCAAGCACCGGCAUAAGCAUGUCGAGCCCCCCGCAAUCGGUGUCGCCCGCCAGGAUGCAACAACAAUCAAUGGGUCGGCGCUGGUAG